AUGUCAUGUUUAAUUAUUGUAGAUGUUCAGAAUGAUUUUAUGGAAGGUGGAUCAUUAGAGGUAAAGAAUGCAUCAGAAAUAUUAAAACCAAUAAAUAGAUUAAGAGAUAGACAUAAUUUUGAUAUGGUUGUAUUAUCAAAAGAUUUUCAUCCACUUAAACAUGUCUCAUUUGCAUCAACUCAUGCAAAUAAAAAACCAUUUGAUACAGUAAAAACUAAAUCAAAUUCUCCACAAUUAUUAUUUCCUGAUCAUUGUGUACAAAAUACAUAUGGUAGCGAGUUUAAUAAAAAAUUAAAAGUAUUGGAGAGCGAUACUAUUAUAACCAAAGGAAUGAAUGUCGACGUUGAUAGUUAUUCAGCAUUUUUCGAUAACGAUAAGCUUUCAAAAACUCCAUUGGAUAAUAUAUUAAAAAAGAACUCCAUCAAGAACGUUUAUGUUUGUGGAUUAGCAACCGAUUUUUGUGUAUCUUAUACAUGCUUGGAUGCAAAAUCAUUGGGUUUCAAUACAUUUUUCUUAAAGGAUGCAUCCAGAGGUAUCUCAACCGAGUCUGUCGAAGCAGCUAUCAAAAAAAUGAAGGAAAGUAAUAUAAAUAUAAUAGAAACUGAGGAUUUAAUUAGAUCAACUUCAAAAAAUUUGUAA